UGAGACGUCUUACUGCCUCGGACUACUUUCCCCAAGCGAGCUGGUUUUAGGAGAGUACGGGAAAGAUCAGGAGAGAGAGGGAACGGGAAAGAUCAGGACAGAGAGAGAGAACGGUAUAGACGGGGGUGGGGGAGAGAGAGACUGGGAAAGAUCAGAGGAGAGAGAGGGAGAGAAAGACCGUGAAAGAUCACGAGAGACUGGGAGGCAUCGUGAAAUAUCAGGGGAAUGAGUGAGUGAGUGAGUGAGAGAGAGACCAUUAAAUAUCAGGGGAGGGAUCGGGAGAAGAGAGAGGAACCCAACACGGGGGAGAGACCGGGAGAGGGAGAGAGACCGAGAAAAAGACCCGCGAUCGGGAAAGGCAGAACGCGAACACUGGGAGAGACCCAAGAUCGGGAACGACUGGGGGAAACAGGGGUAGGAGACCUUCCAAGACCAGGAGAUCUACUCCACUCCGCAAACUCCGCUAGAGCCGUUUGCUAAAUAAACUUCUCGCUGUAAAGCAGCAGAAAGAAGGCAGCCACCUGGGGCUGAGGGGGAAUUCAACAACCGUGCAUUGGGGGCAGUGGCGGAACUGGAGGAGCCGGGCGGGCGGCGAGCGCUGGAGCGGAGGCUGCUCACAGCUCCCACAGCAAUGCCAGUAAUGAUGGAGAAGUCAGGUUCAGCAGGAAUCCUGUCCCGUGGAACCAGGAUGAAAAGCAUUAACAAUGGAAGCAACAAUGGGAGCCAACACCCACGGCACUCUGAAGAGGAGAGCAGCGAUGAGGAACGCUCACAUGGAACAAUGUCUGCCGUUUCUAUUGAAUGGAAGAAACGGGAUCAACACAGCCUGCAUGACAGUAUGAUCCGGGUUGGAUCCGAUUACCAAGCUGUUGUUCCAGAAUGUCAUCCAGACAGUGCUGCCCGUUUCAGUGAGAAGGAUACAAAGGGCAUGUUGGUAUGGUCUCCCAACCACAACAUUUCUGAUGCAAAACUCGAUGAAUAUAUCGCCAUGGCCAAGGAGAAGCAUGGGUACAACAUAGAACAGGCACUGGGGAUGCUGUUAUGGCACAAGCAUGAUGUUGAUAAAUCUCUCGCUGACUUGGCCAAUUUCACUCCUUUCCCGGAUGAGUGGACUGUAGAAGAUAAAGUGCUAUUUGAACAGGCCUUUAGUUUCCAUGGGAAGAGCUUCCAGCGCAUCCAACAAAUGUUACCAGACAAACUUAUCUCCAGCCUGGUAAAAUAUUACUACUCUUGGAAGAAGACCCGGACUCGAACAAGUGUGAUGGAUCGGCAAGCUCGCAAGCUGGUACAUAAGAAGGAGCGGGAAGACAGUAAUGAUGAGGCAGAAGAAGUGACAGUGCAGAUUGCAGACGACAGUGAUUAUGAACCCGAUGUUAAGAGGGAGCGCUCUGGGGAGCAGAAACCCACAAGUGGCAAAUCAGUGACGGUGAAGAGAGAGUCUCAGAGCAUCCAGUAUCGCCAUCAUCCACCACGCUCAAAGAGACGACCACCUAAGGACAUGUACCUCAGCCAAGAUGAAGUUGCUGGAGUCUCUGCCAACCCCAAUGCUGCCACCAUCUCUCUCCGACAGUUGGAAUCACAGCUCAUCUCCAUCAAGCGCCAGGUUCAGACAAUAAAACAGAUAAACAGCUCAUUAAAGCAAACAUUGGAUGGGGGGAUCGACAAACUGCGACCAGCAGAGUCCAAUCUGAAGCUCAACUCACGCUGGACGACCGAGGAGCAGCUCCUGGCUGUUCAAGGCAUUCGUAAAUAUGGGCGGAAUUUCCAGGCCAUCGCAGAAGUGAUCGGGAACAAGACUCUGGCCCAGGUGAAGACGUUCUUUAUAAGUUACCGCCGCCGUUUCAACCUGGAGGAGAUUCUGCAGGAAUGGGAGGCAGAGCAGGAGGUACAGGGCAAUGCUGGCAGUCUGUCGGGUCUGGACGAUGGUGGUGCCUGCAAUCCAUCACUAGCUAGCAGUGAAGAGGAGGAAGAAGAGGAGGCCGAGGUCCAAGUGACGCCCGUACUCGCUGCCCCAGCUCCGCCUGCUCCGACCCCUGCUGCCACCCCAGUGACCCCAACGACCCUCUCACAGCCUCCACCGCUGCUCAGACCGAGUCUGCCUGCAGCCCCUGCCCUCCACAGGCAGCCACCUCCCCUGCAGCAGGGCCGCUUCCUCCUGUCCCGGCCUCCACUCAAUCAACCACCUCCCCCUCUGAUCCGGCCUGCAGUUGCACUGCCUCCAGGAGCUCGACCGAACCCACGGCCCAUCCUGUCAUCAGUUAGCUCGCAGCCCCUCCCCUCCCUCAUCGGUAUCCAGCUUGAAUCACCAUCAUCUUCUGCACACUGAGUUCCACCCAAGAUCACGAACAUCGUAGCUGCAAUCAACCAUGGCCUUGAGCAUCACAGCUACAAUCAACAAACACUGCAAGCCUCAUACCUACAACCAGUGAAGUCAUAAACAUUGUAGAUGAGAUCAACUAACUUGAAGAGCAUUUUAACUGCAAUCAGUGAAAACCAGGACUGCAAGCAUCGUAGCUACAAUCACCAACAACAGAUCGGCGUUUUAAGGCUUUUUUUGUUCACUAAUUUCAAAGCUUUAGUUUUUACAAGGAAAAAUAAGGUUUUAACUUUUUGAUGCUUUGUUAACAUAUGGGAGAUCCAACCUCCCAAAUCUGUAACACUACAAAGCAGUGGUCUGCUUACUUCUAUUCACCCUGAGAGGAUUAACCAAGAUCACCUUGAAUUUUGGGAACGGGAAUGUAGGGAUCAGUCCUAGAUCCCAAGAGGUGAGGAGAGGAUCAGUUCUGAACCCGAGGAUGGGAGAACAGAGUGGAUCCUGGACCCCAGGAUUGGAGAGGGAGGUCAGUCCAGGAGCCAGAAUGAGAGACAGACGGAUUCUGACCUCACCCAGAUCAAGGAGAGGAAGGUUAGUUCAGGAUGCUGGAAUAUAUGGGGAGAGGGUCGUCAGUCCAGGUGAGAAGGAUGUCAGUGCUGGGCUAGAUCCUGGGGAUGGGAGAGGGAGGUUAGUUCUGGAUCUUGGGUUGGUUUGAGGGUACAAGGGUUAGGCCCAUUGGCCAUUUUCAGUUCUAUUUUACCUGGAGCCCACCCAGAAGUGUUAAUUGUCCACAUUAAGUAGCAGGAUUGUCUCUGAGACUCCCAGUCUAUUGAAAAUCUCCCAAGGGGACAUUAUUCUCUUCCCUCCAGUCCCCUCUCUCCUUUUCCUAUCCUGUUCACUUGCUGUUUUGAAUCUUCUGUAUCCUCAUGGUUCCUAGAUAGCUAGAAGGUUUCUAGAGUGCUAUUUCUGUCUGCUUGAGGGAGAAGCUAUCUGUCCACCCUGUAGGAUCAGGUGGCUGAAGGUGAUGAAAUAACUAAAAGUGAAGAAUUAAUAUUUCCUUUGUGAAAUGUGAAAAGGGAUCGUAUGUAGUUUGAUUGAGUGUCUGAGAUUGUUUGUAGAUACUGACUGCUUCACCAUAGGCCUUUGGGUGGUAGGGAAAAGUGUUGGUACGUUAAGAAGCAGAUAGCUGAAGCAGGGGUGGGUAGGGAGAGACACAGUCUGUAUUCCACAUGACUGCAGUCCACUUGAACAGUGUUGGGGUAUUCUUUAAUAGUACACAUGGUGGCCUAGAGCAAUGUGUAGUGUGUUGCUCUCCUUAACUGGCACUCCCAUUUUAAAGUCUGCUUUAUGGUUUUAAAAAUAUAAACUGGGAUUUUCUCUUGGAAAUAUGGACAGAAUCUCAAUGUCAGAACAUUAGUCAUUGGGGAGGAUAGUUAAUGACCCAGUGAUCCUGAGAGAUUUUGAUUGGAAAAGUGUGAUGAGAUCACAGAGAUCUCAAAAGAGUCCAUGAGAUGAAGGUUUACUUGAGCAAUGUUGAGUUUUCCUACAAUUUUGACUCCUGGAAGAAUCCACUCCAGUCCAUCAUGUCAAAAGCUGUUUUAAAACCUGAUCUAAAUGUUUCCACUUGCCCCACAGCCAUGCAACAUUUCCCUUCUACUUUUUUUGGAAUUGGGUGGCACAGUUGGUUAGCAUUGCUGCCUCAGGGCCAGGAACCCGGGUUGAUUCCACCCUUGGAUGACCGUUUAGUGGAGUUUACACAUUUUUGCUGUGUCCACAUGGGUUACCUCCAGGUGCUCUGAUUUCCUCUCACAGUCCAGAGAUGUUUAGGUUAAGUGGAUUGACCAUGCUACAUUGUUCGUUGUGUCCACGGCUGUGCAGGUUAGGUGGAUUAGCUGUGGGAAAUGAAGGGAUAUGGGGAUAGGGUGUCUGGGAUCUGGGUGGAAUGCUCUUCAGAGGGUUGUUGUUGACUCAAUGAGCGGAAUGGCCUGCUUCCACACUGUAGGGAUUCCAUGAAAUCUAUGAAUUCGUUUUGAUAUUUCCUGUUGAAUCUGUUUCCACUGCACAGGUAGACAGCAUAUAUUAGAUCACAGCAACUUGCUCUGUUAUAAUAUUCCUCAUUGCCUUUCUCUUUUGCUAAUCUUCUUAAAUCUGUGUACCUCUGACUUCUGACUCCUCCUGUAACUGGGAAUCAUUUUUUAUUCUUGUUGAAGUUUUUUAAUGUCAUAUUGUGCCAAAUGAAGUGAAGGCUGAGAGAUUCUCUCCUCCUUCAUCUCUUUGUCUCACUUCAUUGCAGGAAUUGUUUUAUUUUCCUUUCUGAAGAAGGGUACUGAUCCCAGCCACUCUGAAUAACUUGAGAUGAGAAAGCUAUUCUCUAGAAGUAUUACCUAGCCUGCUAUCACCUUGCUAGCUUGAGUUAGGAGUGGUGACUGCUCCCUCAGGGCACUUAUCAGGGAGAGGGCAUAAUGGUCACAUUUCUGUCUUCCUCUCUGACAGCCAUUAAUUACCUUCUUUUUGCUCCUGCAUCCCCACCCCAUCCAGCCACUCCAAAGCUUUAGCACCCAGCUACAACUCAGGGUGACCAUCUCCCAUUAUCUAAAACAGAAGGAGCUUUGAUUGCUAUAGUAACUGUCAUCACCUCAGGAUGUCCCAUUGCAAAGUGCAUUACAGCCACUGAAGUGUAGUUACUGAUGUAAUGUAAGCAGGGGGAGUUUUACACAUGAUGGUGAGAUAAAUGACCAGAUGUGGUUUUUCAUUGAAGUUAAAUGAGGAUCAAUGUUGACUGAUCUCAGGAAGGGUUUACAUUCAAAGCUGCCCUGACCUUGCCUCAGUGCUGUAUGCUGGGAUGUUAACCUGACCCCCCCCCCCCCCCCAAAAAACACUUGCCCCUCCUACCACCACCACCAGUCCAAAACUAAAAGCCAACUAAAAUUUUGGGAUAAUGAAUGAAUGUAGGGUUGUACGUCCCUUCUGCCUCUGUUUAAUAUUGACUUUAACUUCGAACUGAUUUGCAGGUUUUAAGAUCUGUUGAAUGGUGUUAGCAAAUCCCUAUCACAGCAGAAAUAUCAUUCGGUUGUGUCAGCUCACAUUGGACUUGCUAGCUCCAGAGUACUGAUGUGUAUGAGCACUUGUUUCAUCUCUGCUCUAAAUGAUUUGGUUUAUAGGAACAUCGAACAAUACAGCACAGAACAGGCCCUUCGGCCCACGAUGUUGUGCCGAACAUCUAUCCUAGAUUAAGCACCCAUCCAUGUACCUAUCCAAUUGCCGCUUAAAGGUCGCCAAUGAUUCUGACUCUACCACUCCCACGGGCAGCGCAUUCCAUGCCCCCACCACUCUCUGGGUAAAGAACCCACCCCUGACAUCUCCCCUAUACCUUCCACCCUUCACCUUAAAUUUAUGUCCCCUUGUAACACUCUUUUGUACCCGGGGAAAAAGUUUGACUGUCUACUCUAUAUAUUCCUCUGAUCAUCUUAUAAACCUCUAUCAAGUCACCCCUCAUCCUUCGCCGUUCCAACGAGAAAAGGCCGAGAACUCUCAACCUAUCCUCGUAUGACCUAUUCUCCAUUCCAGGCAACAUCCUGGUAAAUCUUCUCUGCACCCUUUCCAAAGCUUCCACAUCUUUCCUAAAGUGAGGCGACCAGAACUGCACACAGUACUCCAAAUGUGGCCUCACCAAAGUCCUGUACAGCUGCAACAUCACUUCACGACUCUUGAAUUCAAUUCCUCUGCUAAUGAACGCUAAUACACCAUAGGCCUUCUUACAAGCUCUAUCCACCUGAGUGGCAACUUUCAAAGAUCUAUGUACAUAGACCCCAAGAUCCCUCUGUUCCUCCACCUGACUAAGAACCCUACCGUUAACCCUGUAUUCCGCAUUCUUAUUUGUUCUUCCAAAAUGGACAACCUCACACUUGGCAGGGUUGAACUCCAUCUGCCACUCCUCAGCCCAGCUCUGCAUCAUAUCUAAGUCCCUUUGCAGCCGACAACAACCCUCCUCACUGUCCACAACUCCACCAAUCUUCGUAUCAUCUGCAAAUUUACUGACCUACCCUUCGACUCCCUCAUCCAAGUCAUUAAUAAAAAUUACAAACAGCAGAGGACCCAGAACUGAUCCCUGCGGAACUCCACUUGUAACUGGGCUCCAGGCUGAAUAUUUACCAUCUACCACCACUCUCUGACUUCGACCGGUUAGCCAGUUUUCGAUCCAAUUGGCCAAAUUUCCCUCUAUCCCAUGCCUCCUGACUUUCCGCAUAAGCCUACCAUGGGGAACCUUAUCAAAUGCCUUACUAAAAUCCAUGUACACUACAUCCACUGCUCUACCCUCAUCCACAUGCUUGGUCACCUCCUCAAAGAAUUCAAUAAGACUUGUAAGGCAAGACCUACCCUUCACAAAUCCGUGCUGGCUGUCCCUAAUCAAGCUGUCUUUCCAGAUACUCAUAAAUCCUAUCCCUCAGUACCCUUUCCAUUACUUUGCCUACCACAGAAGUAAGACUAACUGGCCUGUAAUUCCCGGGGUUAUCCCUAUUCCCUUUUUUGAACAGGGGCACAACAUUCGCUACUCUCCAGUCCCCUGGUACCACCCCCAUUGACAGUGAAGAUGAAAAGAUCAUUGCCAACGGUACUGCAAUUUCCUCUCUUGCUUCCCACAUAAUCCUAGGAUAUAUCCCGUCAGGCCCGGGGGACUUGUCUAUCCUCAAGUUGUUCAAAAUGUCCAACACAUCUUCCUUCCUAACAAGUAUCUCUUCUAGCUUAACAGUCCGUUCCUGUCCGUUAACAGGAAAGGGAGCAGGGACAAGCACUGUACAUUACUUCCUGCAAAACCAUGUCAUAUCUGUGACAAGGUGUCCAGGAUACACCAAAAUUGAAUGGAAACCAUCGAGUUCCUUAAGGAAUCUCUUGUGUGAUGAUUAAAUAUAUUAUGAGUUGGUUCUGGAGCUUUUAAGAGUGCUUUUGGAAAUUUAGCAAGGUUGUAGAUAGACACAUUCUCUUACUAUUUUUCAUCCAGAGUUCUGCUGCUAACGUGUGCGUUCUGGGAUUUGGGCAGUGAUGCUGCUGAAACCCUGUCCUUCCUCAAUGAAUUGUGUGUUCCACUGACUGAUGCUGGAUCCCUCACGGUGACCUCCCAUUGUGAUCUGGCUGUUUUGAAAUUGGAGCAUCCUUUCCCAUUAUAGCCAUAAAUCUUUAUUGGAUUCACAGGUUUACAGACUUAGUCCUGAUGUAAGGUGUUCCUGUGUUAGUCAACUCUGUAAGCAGUCAGAUUGCCUUUUUAAAUGCUAUCUCCAUUAUCAGAUUGGGGUGUAUAAUAAUGACCUUACCUUUAUCCAGACUGGUGUCUGUCUUUUACACGUAUCAUUUUGUAUUUUGCCAUAAAAUAAUAAGUUCACACAGAAUUAAUGAGACUUCUUGAAGUCAUCAAUCUUCUUUAUUUCAUAGGUGACUGUAGAAAGUAAUGCUGAAUAUCAGAUUUGCUUUGUUCAGUCAAUACAACUUGUCUGUGUAUGAUUAUAAAGAAAGCAUGCUGCCCCACUUUGAUGCCUUAGUGAGAAAAGAGCAACUACAGUUCAUUCCACAGUCCAAGGUAGGAUCCUCUCUUGAGGGCUCCUGUCUCUGUCAGUUAUCUGCCUGACUCCCUAUUUCCCCCACACUUUGAUUCUCUUGUCUCGAAAGCCAGUUUGUUUCCAACCCUUCUGCCACCCUGUAGAUGGUAAAGAGCAGCAAUUUGGGUUUUCCAGUGCACUUGCUGAAAGAUGUUCUCUGAUUUCUUGAAUAAGCUAAUGAACUACCUGCUGAGUUAGAUUAAUGUUUAGCUUGUAACUGGAUUCUCUUUCUUUCUGGGGAAAAUGGUCACAAGAUUGUGAUAAGUAUGCUGUGUGAAUGAGAGAUAGACUUGGAUUAAAAUAUUUGCUGUUACCUUUUUCCUCAGCCCUGUUUGACCCUUGCACAAUUUAGCAGUGUAGCAAUAUUCAUUCUGUCCCUAAUACAAAUACCUCCAUGGCCACUACUCCGGGGAACCAGUGAGGGAAAUCAACAUUUUAAUGUUGCAUUCAUAUAGAUUUCAAAAUUGAAUGAGUGUGAAAUAGCUGAACUGCAACACCAUUAAAGGACAGUGCUCACACUUUGUAUCCUAGACUAGCAGGACUCCAUGUCAAUUAAAUACCUACUAUAACUCUUUUUUUAAGGUAUAUUUUUUCUGGUAUGGCCCCUCUCAGACCUCAGUCAGUGCUCAUGUCUGCUGUGCAUAACUGUUUCAGUAUUAGCUACCUGUAUGUUCUGUUGUGUUUUUAUUAAGAGUAUUUUUGUGUGUGUGUGUGUGUGUGUGUGCGCGCGUGCGCGCACGUGUGCGUGUUUUUUUAAAUGUCAUUUAAUGAUUCCUUAACUUAUUUUUGGUGUUUUACAAACUUUUUUUUAGUGAGUUUGGUAUACUUCUUCCCUGCUUAGUCAGUUCAGAAUUUCCAGGUGUUCAGCAAUGGAAAUUGUGAAUGAUGGGAUUUCAAUAAAAUAUUUUACUAGU